AUGGCCAAAAGCAAAAAUCAUACUAAUCAUAAUCAAAACCGAAAGGAUCAUCGUAAUGGUAUUAAACGGCCAAAAUCGCAAAGAUUUCCAUCAUUAAGCGGAGUUGAUCCAAAAUAUGUUCGUAAUUUAAAAUUUACAAAACAUCAUAAUCAUGUUGCACGUAAAAAUUUGCUUAAAUCACGAACAGCUAAGUUAGCCGUUGCUCAAAGCUCAACAAGUAAAGUAGUUCAACGUGGACCUCCUCGUCAAACAGAACAAAAAGCAGCAGCAUGGUCACUUUCAUCAUUGUUAAAAAAUAUUACUACUUAUUUUUCCGGUGAAACCAUAACAAAACCAUCAAAGAAACAUGCUAAACGUACACAUCCACAGAAGAAAUCUGUCACUAGUACAACAACCACUGGAAAAAAAUAA